AUGCCAUACACCAUUUUGUCUAAGGCAGUUGAGGAAGGGAAGUAGAUAUAAUGGAGCUUAGUGACACAGCAGCUGGAAUCCUGAGAGAAGAGAAUAACUUUAGUUCAGAGCAGGUGGAGAAAUGAGAGAUUGAGUAGGAGGACCAAGGUUGAGGGAAGCAGAUCUUCUUAGCUGCUGUCAGCGGCUGAUGGGGAAGAUUGUUGGUAGAAGGAAGUCAGAAUAUAGGUACAGAGGGAUAAGUUUGCUAAGAACAGAGAUCAGCAAACAGCUUUUCUGAGAGAAAGAAACAUCUGCAAAUGACAUGCUGUUUCUGCAGUUUCUGCUGCUAGCUCUUCUCCUCCCAGGUGGUGACAAUGCAGACGGUAAGAACAUCGCGGUCAGCUGCAGGGUUACAGGUAUCUGGGUAGAGUCUGCUGGGCCUUCCCGAGAUGGAUCAAUGGAGAUGCCAGAAUGUUUGCCAUCUGAGCAUACCUGUCUCCAGGUCCAGUUUACUCUUUUGGAGGAUGGUGGCAGAGCAUGGGCUCUGUGUAAGAAAAAUGUUAUAGCUAAAGUAGUCAUUAACAUUUUUCUGUGGUAACUGGUUCACUUUCCAUUUCCUUUCCAUUUUCCGUUAAAACAAUCAGGGCCCAGGAAAAUGAUGUGGUUUCUCCUUUUUAUGUUACAAAUGACCCACAAGGUCCAGAGGGAUGAAGCAACCUUUCAAUGCCACACGCCACUUUGUCUAAGGUAGUUGAGGAAGGGAAGUAGAUAUUAUGGAGCUUAGUGGGAGAGCAGCUGGAAUCCUGAGAGAAGAGAAUAACUUUAGUUCAGAGCAAGUGGGGAAAUGAGAGAUUGAGUAGGAGGCCUAAGGUUAAGGGAAGCAGAUCUUCUUAUUUGCUAUCAGUGGCUGGUGGGGAAGAUUGUCUGUUGGUAGAAGGAAGUCAGAAUAUAGAUGUAGAGGGAUAAGUUUGCUAAGAACAGAGAUCAGCAAACAGCUUUUCUGAGAGAAGGAAACAUCUGCAAAUGACAUGCUGUUUCUGCAGUUUCCGCUGCUAGUUCUUCUCCUCCCCAGUGGUGACAACGCAGAUACCCAGGAACACGUCUCCUUCCAUGUUAUCCAGAUCUUAUCAUUAGUCAACCAAUCCUGGGCACGAGUUCAGGGCUCAGGAUGGCUGGAUGAGUUGCAGACUCAUGGCUGGAACAGUGAAUCAGGCACAAUAAUUUUCCUGCAUACCUGGUCCAAGGGCAACUUCAGCAAUGAAGAGUUGUCAGACCUAGAGUUGUUAUUUCGUUUCUACCUCUUUGGAUUAACUCGGGAGAUUCAAGACCAUGCAAGUCAAUAUUACUCAAUAUAUCCCUUUGAAGUACAGUUGAAUGCGGGCUGUGAGCUGCAUUCUGGAAAGAGCCCAGAAGGCUUCUUUCAGGUAGCUUUCAAUGGAUUAGAUUUACUGAGUUUCCAGAAUACAACAUGGGUGCCAUCUCCAGAUGGUGGAAGUUUGGCCCAAAGUGUCUGUCAUCUACUCAAUCACCAGUAUGAAGGCGUCACAGAAACAGUGUAUAAUCUCAUAAGAAGCACUUGCCCCCGAUUUCUCUUGGGUCUCCUGGAUGCAGGGAAGAUGUAUGUACACAGGCAAGUGAGGCCAGAGGCCUGGCUGUCCAGUCGCCCCAGCCUUCAGUCUGGCCGGCUGUUGCUGGUUUGUCAUGCCUCCGGCUUCUACCCAAAGCCUGUUUGGGUGACAUGGAUGUGGAAUGAACAGGAGCAACUGGGCACUAAACAUGGUGAUAUUCUUCCUAAUGCUGAUGGGACAUGGUAUCUUCAGGUGAUCCUGGAGGUGGCAUCUGAGGAGGCUGCUGGCCUGUCUUGUCGAGUGAGACACAGCAGUCUAGGAGGCCAGGACAUCAUCCUCUACUGGGGACACCACUUUUCCAUGAAUUGGAUUGCCUUGAUAGUAAUAGUGUCCUUGGCGAUUCUAAUAGUCCUUGUGUUAUGGUCUAAGAAGCACUGCUCAUAUCAAGGCAUCCUGUGAGGCUCUUCCCCCUGACUCCCCCAUUGUAAUAAGAACCCAGCAACCCAGGAGCCUAGUACAACAUAGUGAUGCCAUCCCGUCGAUUCUCCAUUUAAAUUGUUUCUCUUUCUGCCUAAUAAACAUUUGUUAAUAUAAACCAAA